AUGGUUGCUGCCGCGGGUCCAGCUGGUAUCUAUGAUGCGGCUCUACUUCGUCGUCAAGCCCUGAUGGGUUCCAGUGGGCCUGCUGCUCUAAUCAAGAAUAGCAGGGUUUUCAUGAUUGCAAUGUUUGCAUGCAUUGGCGGUCUGCUAUAUGGAUACAAUCAAGGCGUCUUUUCUGGAAUUCUCGUCAUGUCGGCUUUUAAGAAACACAUGGGAGUCUAUGCUUCAGACCUGCCACAGCAUCAGAGCAAGAAGGGAUGGCUGACUUCCAUUCUCGAACUUGGUGCUUGGCUCGGCGCUCUACUCUCUGGAUUCAUGGCUGAGGCAGCAUCCAGAAAGUAUGGCAUUCUGAUUGCCACUGGCGUCUUCAUCAUCGGUGUUGUGAUCCAGGCAACCUCGAUCACUGCCGGGCACAACGCAAUCCUGGGAGGUCGAUUUGUGACAGGAAUGGGCGUUGGUUCAUUGUCGAUGAUCGUUCCCAUGUAUAAUGCCGAAGUCGCACCUCCUGAGGUGAGAGGGUCUCUCAUCGCCCUCCAGCAGCUGGCUAUCUGCUUUGGGAUCAUGAUCUCGUUCUGGAUCAACUACGGAACCAAUUAUAUUGGUGGAACAGGUACCUCUCAAAGUGACGCGGCAUGGCUCGUCCCCAUAUGUCUUCAGCUGUUUCCAGCCGCAAUUUUGUUUGGCGGGAUCCUAUUUAUGCCAUUCUCGCCUCGUUGGCUGGUCCACCACAAUCGCGAGGAUGAAGCCCGUAAAGUGCUUGCAACACUCCGAGACCUUCCAUCCGACCACGAACUUGUCGAACUGGAAUUCCUCGAGAUCAAAGCUCAAUCACUUUUCGAGAAGAGAACUGUCGCAGAGCACUGGCCACACCUGCGCGAGCUCACCACAUGGAACACUUUCAAGCUGCACUUCGUCGCCAUCGGCUCCCUGUUCCGCACCAGGGCCAUGUUCAAGCGUGUCAUCGUCGCCACAGUCACCAUGUUCUUUCAGCAGUGGACAGGUAUCAACGCCAUUCUAUACUACGCACCUACGAUAUUCAAAAGUCUCGGUCUGACAGGCAACACAAUCUCUCUCCUUGCAACAGGGGUCGUCGGCAUCGUCAUGUUCAUUGCCACCAUCCCCACGGUCCUCUACAUUGACCGCAUCGGCCGCAAGCCCAUUCUCACCGUUGGAGCGAUAGGAAUGGCCAGCUGCCACAUCAUAAUUGCCGCCAUCGUGGCCAGCUACCGUGACUCCUGGCCCGAGCACAAAGCAGCAGGAUGGGCAGCCGUAGUCAUGGUCUGGCUGUUCAUCGUUCAUUUCGGGUACAGUUGGGGACCGUGUGCAUGGAUCAUCGUCGCUGAGAUUUGGCCGCUGUCGAAUCGUCCGUAUGGUAUUGCGUUGGGUGCGAGUUCGAAUUGGAUGAAUAAUUUCAUCGUCGGACAGGUCACACCCGACAUGAUUGCCGGCAUCUCCUACGGCACAUACCUCCUCUUCGGUUUCCUGACCCUAAUCGGCGCCGCAUUCAUCUGGUUCUUCGUCCCCGAAACCAAACGUCUCACCCUGGAAGAGAUGGACGUCAUCUUCGGCAGCGAGGGUACCGCACAAGCGGACUUUGAGCGAAUGGCUGAGAUUAAUAGGGAGAUUGGACUGGAUGCGCUGUUGAGGGCUUCGGCUACGGGAGGACAUGUGGAGACGCCGGAUGAGAAGAAUGAUGUUUUGCAGCAGGAGGAGGCGAGGGAGGUUAAGACUGGGUGA